ACUUCAUCUCAGAAGACUCCACAUAUAGGAUCAGUCCAUGCCAUCGAGAAAGUUGAUGCUAUUAGGCUCAUCUCAAGCUGAUCUUGGCACCUCUCAUGCUCUGCUCUCUUCAACCAGACCUCUACAUUCCAUUUUGGAAGAAGACUAAAAAUGGUGUUUCCAAUGUGGACACUGAAGAGACAAUUUCUUAUCCUUUUUAACAUAAUCCUAAUUUCCAAACUCCGUGGGGCUAGAUGGUUUCCUAAAACUCUGCCCUGUGAUGUCACUCUGGAUGUUCCAGAGAACCAUGUGAUUGUGGACUGCACAGACAAGCAUUUGACAGAGAUUCCUGGAGAUAUUCCCACCAACACCACGAACCUCACUCUCACCAUUAACCACAUACCAGACAUCUCCCCAGCGUCCUUUCAGAGACUGGACCAUCUGGUAGAGAUCGAUUUCAGAUGCAACUGUGUACCUAUUAGACUCGGGUCAAAAAACAACGUGUGCACCAGGAGGCUCCAGAUUAAACCCAGAAGCUUUAGUGGACUCACUUAUUUAAAAUCCCUUUACCUGGAUGGAAACCAGCUUCUAGAGAUACCGCAGGGCCUUCCGCCCAGCUUACAGCUUCUCAGCCUUGAAGCCAACAAUAUCUUUUCCAUCAGAAAAGAGAAUCUAACAGAACUGGCCAACAUAGAAAUACUCUACCUGGGCCAAAACUGUUAUUAUCGAAAUCCUUGUAAUGUUUCAUAUUCAGUAGAAAAAGACGCCUUCCUAAAUUUGAAAAAGUUAAAAGUGCUCUCCCUGAGAGAUAACAAUGUCACGACCGUCCCUACGGUUUUGCCAUCUACUUUAACAGAACUCUAUCUCCUCAACAACAUGAUUGCAAAAAUACAAGAAGGUGAUUUUAAUAAGCUCAACCAAUUACAAAUUCUUGACCUGGGUGGAAAUUGCCCUCGUUGUUACAAUGCCCCAUAUCCUUGUACACCAUGUGAAAAUAAUUCUCCCCUACAGAUCCCUGAAAAUGCUUUUGAUGCACUGACAGAAUUAAAAGUUUUACGUCUGCGCAGUACCUCUCUUCAGCAUGUGCCUGCAAGAUGGUUUAAGAACAUCAACAACCUCCAGGAACUAGAUCUGUCCCAAAACUUCUUGGCCAAAGAAAUUGGGGAUGCCAAAUUUCUGCAUUUUCUCCCCAACCUCAUCCAAUUGGAUCUGUCUUUCAAUUUUGAACUUCAGGUCUAUCGUGCAUCUAUGAAUCUAUCACAAGCAUUUUCUUCACUGAAAAGCCUCAAAAUUUUACGGAUCAGAGGAUAUGUCUUUAAAGAGCUAAAAAGCUUUAACCUCUUGCCAUUACAUAAUCUUCAAAAUCUUGAAGUUCUUGAUCUUGGCACUAACUUUAUAAAAAUUGCUAAUCUCAGCAUGUUUAAACAAUUUAAAAGAUUGAAAGUCAUCGAUCUUUCAGUGAAUAAAAUAUCACCUUCAGGAGAUUCAAGUGAAGUUGGUUUCUGCUCAAACGCCAGAGCUUCUGUAGAAAGUUAUGAACCUCAGGUCCUCGAACAAUUACAUUAUUUCAAAUAUGAUGAGUAUGCAAGGAGUUGCAGGUUCAAAACCAAAGAGGCUUCUUUCAUGCCUAUCAAUGAAAGCUGCCACAAGUAUGAGCACACCCUGGAUCUAAGUAAAAAUAAUAUAUUUUUUGUCAAGUCCUCUGAUUUUCAGCAUCUCUCUUUCCUCGAAUGCCUGAAUUUAUCAGGAAAUAGCAUUGGCCAAACUCUUAAUGGCAGUGAAUUCCAACCUUUAGCAGAGCUGAAAUAUUUGGACUUCUCCAACAACCGGCUUGAUUUGCUCCAUUCGACAGCAUUUGAAGAGCUUCGCAAACUGGAAGUUCUGGAUAUAAGCAGUAAUAGCCAUUAUUUUCAAUCAGAAGGAAUUACUCACAUGCUAAACUUUACCAAGAACCUAAAGGCUCUGCAGAAACUGAUGAUGAAUGACAAUGACAUCUCUUCCUCCACCAGCAGGACCAUGGAGAGUGAGUCUCUUAGAACUCUGGAAUUCAGAGGAAAUCACUUGGAUGUUUUAUGGAGAGAUGGUGAUAACAGAUACUUACAAUUAUUCAAGAAUCUGCUAAAAUUGGAGGAAUUAGACAUCUCCAGAAAUUCCCUAAAUUUCUUGCCUCCUGGAGUUUUUGAUGGUAUGCCUCCAAAUCUAAAGAAUCUCUCUCUGGCCAAAAAUGGGCUCAAAUCUUUCAAUUGGGGAAAACUUCAGUGUCUGAAGAACCUGGAAACUUUGGACCUCAGCCACAACCAACUGACGACUGUCCCUGAGAGAUUAUCCAACUGUUCCAGGAGCCUCAAGAAAUUGAUUCUUAAGAAUAAUCAAAUCAGGAGACUGACAAAGUAUUUUCUACAAGAUGCCUUCCAGUUGCGAUAUCUGGACCUCAGUUCAAAUAAAAUCCAGAUGAUCCAAAAGACCAGCUUCCCAGAAAAUGUCCUCAACAAUCUGGAGAUGUUGCUUUUGCAUCAUAAUCGAUUUCUGUGCACUUGUGAUGCUGUGUGGUUUGUCUGGUGGGUUAACCAUACUGAGGUGACUAUUCCUUACCUGGCCACAGAUGUGACUUGUGUGGGGCCAGGAGCACACAAGGGCCAGAGUGUGGUGUCCCUGGAUCUGUAUACCUGUGAGUUAGAUCUGACUAACCUGAUUCUGUUCUCACUUUCCAUAUCUGCCUCUCUCUUUCUCAUGGUGAUAAUGACAGCGAGUCACCUCUAUUUCUGGGAUGUGUGGUAUAUUUACCAUUUCUGUAAGGCCAAGAUAAAGGGGUAUCAGCGUCUAAUAUCACCAGACUCUUGCUAUGAUGCUUUUAUUGUGUAUGACACUAAAGACCCAGCUGUGACAGAGUGGGUUUUGGCUGAGCUGGUGGUCAAACUGGAAGACCCAAGAGAGAAACAUUUUAAUUUAUGUCUCGAGGAAAGGGACUGGUUACCAGGGCAGCCAGUUCUGGAAAACCUUUCCCAGAGCAUACAGCUUAGCAAAAAGACAGUGUUUGUGAUGACAGAUAAGUAUGCGAAGACUGAAAAUUUUAAGAUAGCAUUUUACCUGUCCCAUCAGAGGCUCAUGGAUGAAAAAGUAGAUGUGAUUAUUUUGAUAUUUCUUGAAAAGCCCUUUCAGAAGUCCAAGUUCCUCCAGCUCCGGAAAAGGCUCUGUGGGAGAUCUGUCCUUGAGUGGCCAACAAACCCGCAAGCUCACCCAUACUUCUGGCAGUGUCUGAAGAAUGCCCUGGCCGCGGACAAUCAUGUGGCCUACAGUCAGGUGUUCAAGGAAACGGUCUAGCCCUUCUUUGCAAAACACAACUGCCUAGCUUACCAAGGAGACGCCGGACUGCCUACAUUGUUUUCAUAUAUAUCACACCAAAAGCACGUUUUGAAAUUCUUUAAGAAAUGAGAUUGCCCAUAUUUCAGGGGAGUCACCAACGUCUGUCACAGGAGUUGGAAAGGUGGGAUUUAUAUAAUGCAUUGAAUCUUCUUUCUUAUCUCUCUGUGUCUCUAUUUGCACUUACGUGUCUCCCCUCCGCUCUUGUAUAAAACACUGUUGGGAAAAGAGUGUCAAGUAAAGGACAUGGGGCUGUGA